AUGGACAUCCGGCUCCUCACCAGCGCGGACCUGCCGCUCAUCCAGCACGCCAACCUCGAGAACCUGCCCGAGAACUACUUCCUCAAGUACUACCUGUACCACGCGCUGUCGUGGCCGCAGCUCAGCUUCGUGGCCGUCGACGCCAGCCGCCCGCGCGCCUCGCCCUACGAGUACCCCAAGAUCGUCGGCUACGUGCUCGCCAAGAUGGAGGAGGAGCCCGCCGACGGCGUGCCCCACGGCCACAUCACCAGCCUCAGCGUCAUGCGCACCCACCGCCGCUUGGGCAUCGCCGAGAAGCUGAUGCGCCAGAGCCAGCUCGCCAUGGUGGAAACCUUUCAGGCAAAGUACGUCUCCCUGCACGUGCGCGUCUCCAACGCCGCCGCGCGGCACCUCUACGAGGACACGCUGCGCUUCAAGAACGAGAAGACCGAGGCAAAGUACUACGCCGACGGCGAGGACGCCUUCUGCAUGCGCCUCGACCUCGACGACAUCCGCGCGCAGGUCAACGAGGCCCUGGAGGCCGAGGGCGGCGACGAGACCAACACCGCGGCCGCCGCGACGACGACAACGAAUGGUAGCGGUGGCGCUGCCUCCGAGGACGUCGACGAGGGCGAGGCCGUGGGCGAGGUUGGCCGUGACCCGGAGAAGAACAAGAAGAGUGCCGCCGCGGCUGCGGAUGGACAGCCCAAGGACGGCGAGGGCAGGAAGAUCAAGGUCGCUGUCGGGCGGGGGCUCGGCGUCGGCGACUUGGUGGAAAAGGUCGAGAGUAAGCACUAG